UUGUUCGUUUGAAAUGAUAGGCAAGUUUCAAUUGUUAUAGGGAAACAAAUAUCUAUUUAUGGACAAACACAUGACAUUCUUUAAUCACGAAGUUUACCUACAAUCUGACCUACGAGAUGAAUUUGUGUUUUGAAAAUGAAGAGCCAAUUGAAGGCGAAAUGAAGCGCCAAAUUAUUGUCCAAAACUAAUUAUGACUAAUCUGACCACGGAGAUUUUAUUGUGAGGCAGCUGCAACUAUUACAUUGACUGAAAUUGCAACAAGCCACUGCAUAUCUCAUAGGAAGUUCCCUGAUUUUAUUUUCAUAAAAGACAUUGCUGCACUAAUUCGAUAAGGACCAAGGCUGGUUUCUCGUUUGUCUCUUCAGUUCAUCCAAUGAAAUACAUUCAUGAACUCAAGAAAAUCCUGAAAAACUUGUUUACAUCGAAGAAAGGAGAGAUAUUUACAGUACUGUAGAUCAUUUUCACGAGUAUUAAUCUUCUUCUCUGAAUCGUUCAAGCACUUGGAUUCAAUAGUCUUUUGGUGGUUCUUAAUCUUAUUUCUAUGGCUGCCACAAGUGAAAAUACAUCUUUGACAAAUCAAAGCUCAAGUAAAUUCCAAGUAGCGACAAGCGAGUUACAAAAGGGCGUCCAUUCGAGUAUAUUGUCAUUAGUUUUGCUGCUGAUCAUUAUUGGUAACACUCUGGUACUUUUGGUUCUUUAUCGUCAGCGUAAACAACUCAAUCUUCGAGUGACCAACAUGUUUUUAGCCAACCUUGCUGUGGUAGAUUUAUCAGUUGGUCUUCUCAUACUGCCGUUUUCUAUUUGUACUGUCAUCAAUGGAGGCUGGGUUUUUGGCGAGCCUUUAUGCCAAUUGAAUGGUUUUAUCAACAUGACUUCCGGCGGUACUUCAAUCUUGACUAUGGCAGCUAUAAGCAUUGACAGAUACCUUGCCAUCGUAUCACGUACGGGAAGGAAGCUGCAAGUCAAGCAGGCCUUGGUUCUCUUGGGUGUGGUCUGGUUUUGGGGAGUUCUGACUGGUAUUCUACCGGUUCUAGGUUGGAAUCAUUACCAAUACGGCUCUUAUGGAGCGGUCUGUAAAAUGUCCUUUGACCACGACAAGGGGUAUUUGCUGUUUGCAGCCAUCGUGUGUUUUGUGGUCCCGUUGAUCAUCAUGGUCUACUGUUAUUUGCGAGUAUUUCUUAAAGUGCGCAGCCAUAGAAAACUAAUGCAGCAAUGGCGAUCACCGAACCAUAUCAACAAUAAAGAAAACAAAAGCAUUAAAAGCGAGACGCGCACUGCUAAGAUCGUCGUUACUGUUCUUUUCGUGUUCGCUGGUGCAUGGACACCGUUUGUAAUAGUCCAUCUGUUACAGCUUGUCAUCAAUCUCCCCUCUAGUUUACUAUCUAUCUCAACCCUUAUUGCUGGUAUGCAUUCAUUCUGUAAUCCUAUUAUAUACACUGCCAUGAACCGAAAGUUUAGAGCAGAUUUGUUUAAUUUACUCCCGUUUUUACGAAGGGUUGCUCAAUGUUACUCGCUAUGUUGUUGCUGUUGCCGAAGGCCUAACAAAGUCAACGGCUUUGUGAUGGAAGCCAGUAGGAGUGGGAUAGAUGGGAGGUCACCGUUGACUGAUCCAGUAGCGGGGGAAUUAAUGAAUUUUCAUCAACUACAAAUAUUUACUACAACAGGAGAGGGGAGAAAAGAAAAUUUGCUGGGGGUGAAACUGGGUAAAAAUACGGAAACUAGGGCUCAUUCUUUUAAUAGUGUUCAGACCUUGGAAGCAAGCGAUGCAGACCUCUAUCGUGUUAUGUGAAAAAUAUAUUUGAAAUGUGAAAUGUAUAUCAAAGAAAAAUCAUGAAUUCCGAGGGAAACCGAAUAAUCAAUAUGAAGAAUAUUAAGAUUAAUGUAUAAGUCGUGUUAUGAGAGUAUAUGUGAC